ACAUUUUCUCAUUUUUUGGCAGAUCAGUGGAGCCUGUGUGGAAGCAUGGCGUCGGGUCACAUUAGUAGACUGGGUUGUUUUAUUAAACGUAUCUGCAUAAGCAGAAAUGUAAGACAUUUUAGAGCUGGACCUGUUUUGACAUCUCAUAACAAGUCAACUGUUAGUGAUCCAUCCUUCGACAACAACAGUAAUGUGGAGAUUGGAGUGACGUCUGAUGGCAAAACAAUAGUAUGUUUUCACCCUUCCGUAGACGUCCCUUACGAGCACACACAGCCGAUAACCAGACCUCAUGUCCUCAGCAAUGAGGCAGAAACACACGAGCAGGUGCUUAAAGCCAGACUGAACAAAGAAGUCCUUCAUGACAAAAAGGCUCCAACUAUAGAGGAACUUAGCAAGAUGUUCUACACCACCAAACACCGCUGGUAUCCAGUGGGACAGUAUCACAUGAGACGCAGAAACCGCAAUCCACCCAAUGACAGAUAAUUCUGGACUGUUCUUCAUUCUUAUUUGAUGUCUGUUUUUUUACUUGCAUUAUUACACAUUAAAUAAAACUCCCCAACCAGC